CCCUCUCUCUCCUCUCUCUUCUCUCUCUCUCUCCCUCUCAAGAGCCACUCUUUCGCUGUUUCUUCUUGAGAACACCAUCAGGUUCAACCUUCAAAAACUGUUUGCUCUUUUGCUUCCUGAUGACCAAAACCUCCACAUCUCUCUCUUCCCAGCGUCUCAGUCUUUAGCGCCUCUUUUUUGUUUUUUGUUUUGUUUUUGUCAAAGACAUCACAAUAGCUUGAUCAAGCAUCCAAAUAACCAACCUAAGUGCAUGUGUGUCUUUUACUUGUGUUUGGUACACAGGUUGUUUUUCUUUUUUGCUUUUCUUGGUUUGGCCAAACUAGCUGGGGUCAAAUGAAAUUAUUCCCCUCUUACUUGUGUCUCUUGCAUUAAGAAUCAUGUGCAGCUUGUCCGAGCAAGAUCAAAUCAUGGACAACUACCACCAAGGGGAUCUCACGGACAUCGUCCGAGCCAGCGGCGGUGGCGGCAUGGUCGGCGAGCCCAUCGUGGCGACCAACACCUGGCAGUUCCCCUCCACAGAUAACCCUGAGAGCUUCUCGUCUGCGAUGGACAAGAGCAGUAACCCGCAUAGCUUCGGGGAUCCCUUCUCCACCAUGCGAGAUCCGUUCUUCCAUGACAUAAACAUGCCGAAUUCGGGCUUCUUGAAGCCGGCAGAGAUGGUCAGCCCAAGCUUCGAAGGUGCGGCCGAUUUUAGCGGGAGCAGCAGUGUCAUGUAUGCAGCACCACCAAUCGAAGAUGACUUGAAAAGGCCUUGCAAUAUCUUCACGCGGAUGCUUCAAAUCACUCCCAAUAAGCUACCGAUUUCGCCGUGCGACUCUCCAGUUAUGGCUGCUUCACCCCCGGGAAUCAAAAACCCGAGCAUCAUUCCUAGUGACAUGAUUAGCCUGAGUGGCUCGAAAGGUUGCUUGGUUGAUAACUCAGCGAUGCAGAUCUCGUCACCACGAAACCCGGGCAUCAAGAGAAGGAAGAGCCAAGCAAAGAAGGUGGUGUGCAUACCAGCCCCAGCAGCAGCGAACAGCCGGGCGGGUGGCGAAGUGGUUCCCUCAGAUCUGUGGGCAUGGAGGAAGUACGGCCAAAAACCUAUCAAAGGUUCUCCUUAUCCGAGGGGUUACUAUAGAUGCAGCAGCUCCAAGGGGUGCUCGGCACGAAAACAAGUCGAGCGAAGCCGGACUGAUCCCAACAUGUUGGUUAUCACCUACACGUCCGAACACAACCACCCAUGGCCGACUCAAAGAAAUGCUCUCGCUGGCUCGACGAGGUCAUCUCAGCCAUCGAAGAACAACAAUGUGACUUCCAAGAACUCCCCAAACUCCCAAACCCAAAAGCACAUCAGCCCCAAGGACGAGCAGAAGGAGAACAUUAACGACAGCACUGUCCCCACGGAACUCCCCAGCGGGCCGGCAGCAGGGGCCACGGCUGGCGCAUCUAUCAAGGAGGAGAAUGAAGACAAGAUGGCCAGGCAAUUGGAAUUCGACGAUGAGGAAUUUGGUGAUGGCCUAGGCCAUGGGUACAGGCCAUCGAUGCUCGGCAUCAACCAAACCGAUGACUUCUUCGCGGACCUAGGGGAGCUAGAGGCAGACCCUUUGGAUAUCUUGUUCAACCAAGGGUUCUCAGGAGAUGAUGGGCAUGAGAAAGGGGACAAGGCCUUGGACCCUUUCAGUCUACUUGAUUGGUCGGAUAACAACAACAACAACAUUUCAUUCAACAAUGUGAAGAGGGGUUUAUAACGAGGCCAGGACU